AGUGGAGGAUGUGUCUGAGAGAGAGAGAGAGAGAGAGAGAAAGAGAGGAAGGCCGGCUGUAGUAGAGCAGCUCGGCGCCCGGGGCAGAGAAAACAACAGCUGAACCACAGAAGGCCUAAAUGUCCCACGGAGAAGAGAAUGGCCGUAAUGAAGAUGUCCUGGUCCCGGGUGAGGAGUGGCCGGAGCUGGAGCGGGCGGAGUGUUUGGCGCGGGGAGCUGCUCUCAAAUGGGCCUCAGGUGUGUUCUGUCGGCCGGAGAACCUGGAAAGGCUGGGACACUACAGGAAAAGGGAGAGUCAAAGAACCACAUCCAUCAAUUCCAGAUUAAAGUCAGUAGUGCAGUCCUACCUGGAGGGGGUGGACUGGGGUUUGGGGCAGCUGCGGGAGGCGCGUACUGAGCUGAGAGAGGCGUCUCACUCCAUGCACAAAGCCAGGCUGGAGUGCAGUCAGAAUGCUGAAGCCAUCGUCACCCUGGAGACGCUGAGGGAGAUAUCGACCAAUCACUGUCAACUCCUGGCUGCUGUUAGCAACCUGCCACGCCUCUACUCAGUGCGGAAUAUGGUGCUGGAGACGGAGCGCCUGGUGGAGUCGCGCAGGCUGCUGGAAGCCCAUGCCCGGCUCAUGGAACUGGAGCGCUGGCAGGACGAGGUGCUGCUGCAGCUCCGUGGAUGUGGGGGCGCGUCCAGGACCACCCUGAGCCCUGAAGAUGACAAGUUGGUGCAGAACUAUUUCUCUGGAGUGGGACGUUUGGUGGAGGCCCUGGCUAAAGAGCUGUGGGCAGUGGUGAGCAGUGGACUGACCCUGUCUCUCCAGAACCCCACCCCGUUUGUUUCGGCGGUGCGCAUCGUGGAGCGCGAGGAGGCUCUGGAUCAGAUCUUUCUGGAGGAGCGGCGCGGUGUGUCCGGAACGCACAGCAGGCCAAUGCCCCCUGGAAGGCCACGCUGCUGGAGAGAGCGCUUCUUCAAGGUGCUGGAGGAGACGGUUGCAGCACGUUUUCGCAGCGCUUCCUACCUGCACACUCGAGGCCCUGGACUGGCCGGACAUCUUUCUGCCCUUCAGCACAGCAUCAUGAGUGACCUGGCCACGGUGCGGAACCUUCUGGAGCAGUGUGUCCCUCCUCACUACCAGCUGACCAAGGCUUACCUGCACGCCUGCCACCGCUGCCUGCAGACCCACCUGAGCCAAAUCAUCGGCUGGGAGUUGCAGAGCGGAGAAAUCUUUGCUGUCCUUAACUGGGUCCUGCACAUCUACAACAGCUCAGAGAUGAUGGGUGACCCUGCCCUUUCUGCAUAUUUGGACCAGGACGAAUUGGGGCCAUUGAUAUCUCAAGAAGGUCUGGAGCAGCUGCAGAACAAAUAUGUUCAGAGUGUUCGGAAAAGCGUUUCAGAAUGGAUGCAGAAGGCACUCGAGGUGGAGCUGACAGACUGGCAGAGGGAUCAGGAACCUGAUAUUGAUCACGAAGGCUGCUACCACACAAGCCUCCCUACAAUCAUCACUCAGAUGUUGGAGGAGAAUGCACGUGUGGCUCUUAUGAUCAGCGAAAGUCUGCGGGACCAGACGAUCCAGAUGGGUCUUUAUGAGAUGGAGAACCUUCUCAGUAGAUUUCGAGAUGCCAUUGUCGAAUUUGGCAAGGAGCAUCGUAAGGAUCCAACAGCAAACAGCAAGUUCUACCUCCAUUACCUUCUGGCCUGCAUAAGCAACUGCAUCAUCCUCAAAAUGUCCACAGAGAGCCUGCAUCAGCAGGUUGGCUCUCGAGCAUCAGUGCGUUUUUCCCGGAUUCCCCCUGGGCCGCUGGCCGCACUGGACCGGGCUGUGAAGAAAGCCUGUCGACUGGUGAUGGAUCAGCUGCUGCUGGACCUGCUGCCCCACUUGCAGGAGCUCCUGUCUCGAACCUGGCUGGCCCAGGGAGACGUUAUCCCUAAGGUGUGCAUCGUUCUGGAGCACCACUAUGAGCUCUACAGUCGCGUGCGGUCACCCUGCCGCCAGCGGCUGCAGGAGGAGUCUCAGAGGCUGACGGUGGUGGAGUAUGUGCGAGCACUGAUGCAGAAGAAGCUGAUCUGCCGGAGCGAGGAGGAGAGGCAGCAGCUCGCCCAGCAGAUGGCCCAGGAUGCUCAGCAGCUGAGAGAGCAUUUCCAGAGCAUGGAGGUUGACAGCACCGUUAAUGAGAUGAACCCCACAGCUCUGAUCCCUGUGCUGGCAGAUUUAAUUAAACUCAAAGACCCUGGCCUGCUGACCCUCGAGGUUUCUGGACUCAUAGCCAAAUAUCCUGACAUCAGUGAGGAGCAUGUGUCUGUGCUGCUGGACGUAAGAGGGGACGUUCCCCGAGAUGUUCGUGGGACAGUGCUGUGUUUACUGGAACAGAGUUCCCCACCCUUGCCGCCAGGAUACCGUCCAAUCUUCCCCGACAUCCUCGUGCCUCCUUCCAGCAUGCCUUUCUGCCUGCCCACUGCCAAGUGCGCCUGAGGGGUUCUCUCUGUGGACUAGACUCACACACAGCAUCCUGUCCAGCCCAGCAAACAGGAUUCAUCAACGCCACUCUGGGCACAGGCUAAAUUUAGCAGUUUCCGUCUCUCUCGUACCUUCUGCCUGGUUGAAUGGUGAAAUAUUCCACAGUCCUGAUGAGGAGAGGCCGUAACACACAUGGCAUGAGACCAACUGUGGCCUGGACUGCUCUGCACUGACAGAACUGAUGUUUAAUUAAAUUGAUUCUUCAUCAUUUCCACAUAUAAAAUAUACACUCACCGGCCACUUUAUUAGGUAUGUUCAGUUGCUUGUUAGCACAAAUAGCUAAUCAGCCAAUCACACGGCCGCAGCUCAGUGC